GAACAAACUGAACAACCUCUCAUGAUGGUUUGCUGUGGGACAAAUCUGGAAUCCUUGAAGCCGGAUUUUUGGACGAAGGAGGAUGUUGGAAGGUGGCUUGAAGUUAAUGGUUUCGAGCAUCUUUCCGUUAAGUUUGAUGAGCAUGACAUAUCAGGGCCAGUACUAAUGAUGCUGACAGAACAGGACCUCAGGAAGCCACCUCUCUCCCUACAAAAACUGGGAGAAAUAAAACGACUGUCCUCCAUCUUGGAGCAGCUCCAGAGGGCUUACAACGUGGCGGAAGUGAGGAGGCACCGCAGAAUGUACCGCACGGAUUCAAAUGAUUACAGCAAUGAUGUGAGGAGUGGUCUUAGUUUGAUCCCCAAAAAUGAGGGACUGAAGUUUUUUGUUUCAUUUCUCUACGCGUUGUCCUCUCUUAUAGUUACCAGUAUUGCUAUGACAGUAGCUCACGAUCGUGUCCCUGAUAUGAAGAAAAUUCCGCCACUACCUGACAUUUUCCUUGAUAACAUUCCAACCAUACCACACGCAUUUGAGGCAGCCGAGGCGUGUGCUGUCUCACUGACUUUUUCCUUCUUCUGCCUGAUUCUGGUGCACAAGCACCGGUUUGUAAUUUUCAGACGGUAUUUUUCCAUCAUAGGAACAGUGUUCCUGCUCAGAGCCCUAACCAUGAUGUCCACUACAUUGUCAGUACCAGGAGAACAUCUCAAUAACUGUGAGAUAAGAGUGGGUGACUCCUGGGAUGAGAAGUUACAACAUGUUAUUUAUAUCUGGAGAGGUGCUGGAAUGUCGAUAUCAGGGGUGAGGACCUGUGGUGACUACAUGUUUAGUGGACACACAGCCGUGCUUACCGUGCUCAAUCUAUUUGUUUGCGAGUAUACCUCGUCGAAACUGAAGUUCAUCCAAACUAUAAGCUGGUCUCUGAACUUUUUCGGAGCGUUUUUCAUCCUAGCUGCCCACGAGCACUACACUAUUGAUGUUAUUGUAGCGUUCUACAUUACUUCCAGAACAUUUGCUUACUACCAUGUCCUAGCUAAUUCCCUUGCCCACAAACAAAGGAAUUCACAGGAGUUGACAUGGAGUUGGUUCCCCCUGUACUCCUAUUUUGAAGAGAAUGUCGACUGUAAAAUUCAAAACGAGUACGAAUGGCCCUGGACUCCUAUAAUAGAGUUCGUAAUGCGCAGCUAUCGUGUAAUUUCGCAUCUUAGGCAAGAGCGUCGCAAAAACUCGGAAAAAAUCAUAAAAACUCAAUAACCUCGAGAGUUUACUUAGUAUUUUCUUCUUGGUUAAAACAGUGCUAGUUUUUUUAAGUAGUUACUAGUAUUCUUACAAGGCGUGUUGCAACCAGUAACCUUCCUGAUGCCGGGUUGGCGGGAUCUGGCGCUAUAAUACCACUGCUUCCCGCCUUCAUUGGUUCAAGAUAUGUUGCAAUGCAAUUAUUAUUAAUUACAACAAUAGUAUUAGUAUAGUAGUUAAGUUUUGAAAUAUUUAAAAAUGGGGGUAAAUUAUUAGCUAUUUUUCUAAAUUUGAUUUAAGGAUACUGAACCGAUCGACUUCGAACGGUGGUGUUCCUAUGUUAGGCUUUUUCUAUGAUAUGAUGCUAUUUAUUUGAGCAUUUUUGCAUGUAUUUAUUAAAUCGAUGAUUAAGCAACUUUAUCGUGGUUUCCACAUGUUACCGGAUGUUAAACGCUUUAUAAUUUUAUGAUUAUGAUCCUUGGAUCUAGGAUUUUAUGAUUAUGUUCCUUGACUCUAGGGACUAGGAUCCUGAUAUUUUAAUGCAGUUAUCAAGAUUUUUUUGACAUUGUGAACAGUUCAAUCUAGCGACUAGCACUUAUUGAUUAUCAGACGGUACUAAAUUAUGGCCCUUCGAAAUGAGGCAGGUUGCUUAAAUUAAAAUUAUAAAUUAGUUAUAUCCAUGUUCUUACGUUAUUACACCUAGAAAUUAAUAUUUAUACUUUUGGUUUUAAUUGAAAAGAAAUUAGAGUUUAUAAAGUUCCCUGGCUUAUCGUGAUAUCGAUAUUACAUUUUUACUAUUUUUUGUUGUUUUAAAUUUUGGCUAUAGUAGCUACAGUUAUGUCGUAUUUUGAGAUUUUUUUCCAAAUUCGAACAUUUGAAAUUUUUUUGUAUAUUCCGAUGAAUUUGUUAAGGUGUUAAAUGAGGAUUAUAGAAGUGAAUAUUGGCUCAGAAUUAAUGCAAUUUAUACAUAACACAUGAGUAUUGUGUAAACUGAGGUUGUACAACUACAAUUUCCAAUGUACAAUGUACAUUGUACAGGCCGUAUCUUCAAGUAGAUGGAGAUCAGGAUCUUACUAAGUGUUUGCAUACAGUCUACAGUAUUCAUUACAUUAAUUCUGGGCCGACUGCUCCUUUCUAUAUUUUCAAGGAAAUUAUCCAUCGCCAGUUGCCGUGAACAAUCUCGGUUCAAGCAGGAUGUGUCCUGGUUUAUUUUUAAAACAGAAGUUAAGAUAAGAAAAUUUGCUAUUAAAUAAUUUUUUCGAGCGAGUAAAUUAAGUUAAAUUAUUAAAUACUGUAUCAAUUUGUUUCGUCCUUUGGAAUUUCGUUUAACUGACAAAUCGACUUUAAUUGUAGAACGUCUAGAAAAGCCCCAAAUCAUUUAAUGGAGUACCAAAAAUGAUUUAGAGACUUGUUGAAAUCUUAUCUAAUUGAAAUAUUUGCCAUUAUUAAAGUUUGUAAUCAUGAAAAGUCGCAAUUUUUACUGUACAAAAUUCCUUAAAAAGGUCAAAUUUUCCAGCUAUCUGUACAUGUCAGCUGAUAAGAAAGCCCAAGUAAAACGAGCUAUCCUAGCUGAGCUGAAUAAAGAGUUGUCUAAAAAGACAAAGACACUCUCAACAGCCAGAUCAGUUCACAAACGUCAUGUUCCUCCUCGGACACAAGAUCACCUCCUCCUACCCAGCUCUUCCUCCGUAAAGCUCAUAAACCUAAACGGGUUAAGUCAAACUUUGAUGCACAGAAACACGUUGAAAGUAUUCCUAGUAAACAGAAUGCAGCCAGCGCUAGCCGUGUUUCGAGAUCUUCUUCCUUAACAGCAGCCAGGAAACGUGUUCACAUACCACAACCUACUCCCCGGAUAGAACAUCCUCCUCCUCAAUCACCCAUUCAACCAGAUUUAUAUGGAACUAUAAGAAAAUAUGCGGAGAUAUGGAAAAAACGAACAUUUGGUGAGGAUCAACAAGCAUUCUCCAAAGCAACACUACUUUACCGGACAAAGCUUCUUCAAAGGUAUCUCUCAGAGUGGAGAAGUGAAACUUACACAAAACAAACAGAAUGGAAACUAAUCGUUAGGGCAGACUGUCAUUACAGGUUCUACUUGAAGGAGAAGUCGUGGGAAUGUUGGAGGAACUUUCUCACAGAAAACAGGAAUGUGUGUCAGAAGAGACAGCUUGCUGAUCAAACUUGUUCUAGAAUACUACAGAGAAGGUAUUUCAGCAGGCUGAAAAAGGCUGUUAAGAUUAGAAAGGAGGUCAAUGCUAAUAAUGUAGUUGCUCAGUCAAUGUAUCAUCGAAACUUGACAUCAAAAAUGCUCAAUCAGUGGCAUUUUGCCAUGGCUCAACGAAAUAUAGCCCACGAACAAGAGAAUAUAGCACUUCAUUUUUGGUCUCUUUCGUUACAGAGACAAUGUCUCGAACAGUGGUUUAUAUUUAAAAAUGAGCAGAUUCUUAAGAAGAAGAUGGUUAUCGUCGUUUCGAACUUCUAUGCUGGAAAGCUGGUACAACAAUCGUUCCGAACAUGGGUUGCGUACAGACAACAUCGAAAGUGCAAAGAAAUACAGCAAAGAAAAGCCGAAAAACUC